AGCUACCGUAUGUGUAAGAUCGCUUAACAAAAACCUUGCGAAGAUAAUUAUUAAUAUUUGAAUAAUUAAUUUCUUUGAUAAUUACAGCGAAAGAAAAGUGUGCGGUCUUUUAAAUACACUUUGGACAUUUGUGGAUUUCAAAUAGCAAAAAUAGAAACGUUGAAAGUGUGGGAAAGUAAAUCUUUUUUUGUUACAAUCGGAACAUAAUGGUUGUGGGUACAGCUCAAAAAGGCAAGAUGAUUCAGUGUACACUUGUUGGGGACGGAAUGGUCGGAAAAACGUGCCUGUCGCUCGCCUUUGCCGGCACCGCGACGCCGACGGAUUCGUAUGUGGCGACGGUGUUUGAGAAUUACGCUGGAAAGACCCACGUUAACGGCGACGAAUAUACCGUCAGCAUCUUUGACUCCGCUGGACAGCACGACUAUGAAAGUCUGCGACGCUUCACGUACGAAGACAGCGAGGUAUUCGUCGUCUGCUUCUCCGCUGUGGACCGGGACUCCUUCGAGAGCGUCAAGGAUUUCUGGGUGCCGGAAAUGAAGAAAAACAUGGCCAGGAAGAAGCCCGUGAUCCUGGUCGCCACGCAGACGGAUUUGCGGAACACGGCGGACUACGACUCCGACGUCCCUGUGACGUCGCAAGAGGGCAAGGGCAUGGCGGGCGAUAUCGGGGCGGUGGCGUACGUGGAGUGUGACGUCAACUCGCAGACAACGGUCCGCCAUGUAUUCUCAGAGGUUGUGCAGGUCGCUCUGAAGUACCGGAAGCGAAAAUCAAACAUUGUGAAUAAGUUACUCGGCAGGUGAAGGGUGAUGGGACAGACCAUUAGAGCAUCUAUCAUUCUGUAAACCCAACAGAAAAAAAGGCGGCUCUUGCAGACCAAAUCCUCGGAGGCGGUCGGAGCGGGUCCUGCCGACGGACCACGGAUCUCAUAGGCGCCGCCGAACCGCGAGAAUCUCAUUAGAGUCCACUGGACGGACGCAUAGACGUGCUGCAUUCAGCGACCUCGCUAUGAAUUCAACAAACGUGUACUUAGAAGUAAAAAAGUUGCUUGGACUUCUAAGACUUGAUUCGUUGUGUAAGAAAGGGACAUUUGCACAAUAGGAAUCGUCAGAAGAAUUGUUGCAUUUUUGCACGAAAAUGGACAUACACGAAAACAUAAAUCACGGGGCAUUUGCGGUGUAUAACCAUUAUGGGACAUAUAACAGUUACGGGAUUUUAACGAUCAAUUGUGGAGAUCAAUGUACAUUAACGAUUGACCGUUGAUGAGUUAAUUGCUUUGACAGCCGUGAACUUCAUCUAUGCUAUAGACUAUACGUCCGUUUACGCUUGUCAAAGAGCGUUAUACAGAUCGAAGGUUGACAAAGAUCAUUCGCUACAUUAUCGUUAAUGUAUUUUUGCAGUUACAUGUAUAGUAUCGUUAAAUCACCAUUGUAAUUGCAUUGUUGUUUGAAGAAAUGCACAUUUUAUUACGUUGAUUUUUUAUACAAUAAAACGAACUAUAUACAACUUACAUAACGUGUCAUUUUAAUUUCUUAACGAUUUGUCAACAAUCAAGACAAUCAUAGCUAUUCAGAAGAUGUCACAAGCCAAGAGAUAAACAACUUCUUCAUGUUUGGUGAAAUUUGAUAGUUUUGAUUUUGACGGUUUGCGCCAAUCAGUGAUUUCGUGACACGCUGUCAUAACAGAUUGAUAUAUAAUUAUUAAAACUGCUGCGCACCAGAAUCAAUGACUUGCUAAUAGUUUAAAAGAAACCGAAUCAUAAUUACAACAUCACGCGUCACUUUUCUACUAAUUAAUUUCUUAACAAUAAAGCGCAGUUAUUUUUAAACGUUUAUGGAAAUAAAUUUACAAUUGAGGAACUUCAAGAAAUGUUUUUCACGGUUUCAUAAUCAUUUAAAUGUUAUGUAAGAUCAGACAUUGUUGAAGUUAUAUAUUACUUUGAAAUUGCUUAGGAAACCGACACUUAAAAGCAUUCAUAUGUUAAUAUAGAUAUUAACAAUUCAUAUUUAAUAUGCAUAUUAUUAAUUUCUUUGAAUAUCUAAUUACAUCAUUGUACGGAAAUUACUCGUUACGAAGUAUUUCCGGAUUUGAGAAAAAUAUGGAUAAUAAAUAAAAUACGGAUACA